CACCAAUCGACCGUUGAAACGAGAUCACCCCCAGCAAAGUCCCCAACCUGGCCUCCUCGGAAUUACUUACGAACGAGACUUUAGAUGACGAGUGAGCUCUUCAGACAGGCUCGUCACUUGUAUGCUCGCAACUUUCCAGAAUAACGCCGUACGCCAUGAACGCCUGGGAUCUCACUAGCAGCGCCGACCUGGAGCGCCAGCUUGAGGAAGAACAGGAUCCCCUGCCUAUCCCUGAAUCCUUCCCGGCAUUUCCUUACGCGACGCCAUACGUUAUACAGACAGAGUUUAUGCAGCAACUCUUCGAAUGCAUCGAUCGGCGGAAGGUUGGAAUCUUUGAAUCUCCCACAGGCACCGGCAAAAGUUUGAGCAUGAUCUGCGGGGCCGUCAGCUGGCUGAUAGAGCACGAACGUGCCGAGCAGGAAAAAAUGAAGUUGGAGCAGGAAGUUGCAGAAGGGAUGACUAGCGGAAGCAAUGUCUCUAUCACCUGCGGGCGGCCGAAGAACCAAAUUGGCGAUACACCGGAUUGGGUACAGCAACACCGCGCGAUUUCGGACGCAGCAAUUGAACGGGAGGAACGCCAGGCAAAGCGAAAGGAGCUAGAGGCCAGGGUGCAAAAAAUCAGGGAUCGCGAGAGAAAAAUGAGAGAGAACUUGGCGCGAAAGAUGAAGCGUCAGGCUGCGGGAAUAAACUCGAUCAGACCAACUUUGGGGCAGUCCAAAAAAAAGAAAGGCCAAGACUCAGAUGAUGAUGACAUGGAUGAUACCGAGUUCUUGGUGGACGAGUACGAUAGCGACGACAAUCAGAAAGGAGGAUGGGCGGCAAAGAAUAGCGGUGAUGAGUACGGGAACGUUUCCAAGGAGGUUUUGGAGCUCUUGAAAAGUUUUGACGCCAAAGAAGUAGCCCAUGGAGCAAGGAGGACAAGAUUUGGGAUGGAUGAUGAGGACUUAGAGCCAGACGUGCUCAAGAUCUACUAUUGCUCAAGGACGCAUUCGCAGCUUUCCCAGUUCAUCGACGAGCUGCGUAAGACCUCAUACGGCGAACAUCUGCAUGUUGUAUCUCUGGGAUCCCGCAAGUCACUCUGCAUCAAUGACAGAUUUCGACAAAAGGCGACUGUGAAAACCAACAGUACAGCGGAAUCCAUCAUCAAUGUCAAUAAGCUGAACGAUGCCUGCUUGGAUGGGCAGAAGUCUGGAACACCAUCUAUGCAGCGUUGUGAGUUCCUUCACGUGCCUUCCGCUUCUUUCGGAAACAAAAGACGCCACGGUUUGUUUGAAAAUUCAACUGAUGGUAGCGAUUCUGUUGACGAGAGCGCAUGGUGGAGGACUGACGAUACAAUUGAGGGCGAUGGAAAGCUGCUCGAGUUUCGGGACCACACCUUGGCACGAGUCCGAGACAUUGAAGAACUUGCGGAACUGGGAGCAGAGCUGGAGACAUGCCCAUAUUACGGAUCGCGCCAAACCGUUCGACACUGUCAAUUAGUGACACUGCCAUACAACCUACUACUGCAUGCCUCUACUCGAGAGUCACUCAAGUUAAUGAUCAAGAACAAUAUUUUGUUGUUGGAUGAAGCCCACAAUUUAAUCAACAGCCUUCUACAGAUGCACUCGGUGGGUCUGUCGCUGCAGCAGAUUGUACUGGCUCAGGAGCAGUUGCAGGUCUAUCUGAGUCGCUAUGAAAAGCGGCUCUCGAGCACCAACGAGGGAUACAUUCGUGUGUUGCUCAGGAUCUUGAAGUGCCUCGAGGGAUUUAUUCAUAAAUGGACGGCCAGUCCACCUCAGCAGUCGGAUCGUUCUAUAGUGUCGCACCAGACGCAGCCAGCAGUGUCGCACCAGACGCAGCCAGCAGUGUCUCAACAAGGACGCAUCCAGGAGGCUGCGAGUGGACGAGUGUUGCGACCGGUGGAUAGGGUGAUGAAGGUCAAUGAGUUCUUGCACGACGCCGGAAUGGACCAUAUCAAUCUAUUUAAGGCACACGCGUAUCUGGAGACUAGUGGGGUGGCCCGGAAACUUCAAGGACUACAUGAGUCACUACAGAGACAGGAAGCUAAGCGACUAUCCAAGGAAAAUGGGAGCACGACAGUCAAGAUCCAUCAGGGCAGGAAUUACCUAUCCAAGGACAGCGUUCAACAACCACGGAGACCAUCUUCCGGCAUGUCGACAACGCCCAUUCUUCUUGUGGUUGAUGCGUUUUUGAUGAGUCUCUUAAAUGCCGACAACGAUGGCCGGGUGAUUGUGACGAUGGAGGAGGAAGGAUCUAAUAAUAACGACGAGGAUGAAAGCGACUCGGUACAGCUGGGACCGACAGUUGUGAAGCCCACAUUUGCAAGGAGCAGGAAGCCGACCUUGAAGUUUAUGCUCUUGAAUCCAGCCAACGUGUUCAAGCCCCUCGUCGACGAAGCCAGGAGCGUCGUUCUGGCGGGUGGAACCAUGGAGCCUGUGUCAGACUUAUUGUCCCAUCUCUUCCCGUAUUUAAAGGUUGCUGGUACCGAUCCUGCCAUCGAAAUCGUCUCCAGCAAUGCCUGCCCGUCUUACCCAAGAAUCCACCGGUUUUCUUGUGGGCAUGUCAUUCCGAAGGAGAAUUUGAUGACUUUGGUUAUGGAAAAGACCCCGACAGGAGGAUCCCUUGAACUAAACUUUGCGAACCGGACACUAGACCAAAUCAUGGAUGGAGUCGGGCAGUCGCUGGUCAACAUUCUCGGCAUGAUACCUGAUGGAGUCGUAGUGUUCUUUGUCUCAUACUCGUACAUGGCUCAAGUGCUGACUCGAUGGCAGGCCAAGAGCAUUACCGCCUCUGGAGCUGUUGCAUCAAGCACCAUCAUGGACAGGAUACAAGCACGGAAACGAGUAUUCGUCGAGCCCAGGGAGGCGAGCGACGCGGACCGACUCCUGAAAGAGUAUCAAGAUUGUAUUCAUAAAAUACCCGAGCACGAUGUUGCUAACCAAGGGAGCCAGCGAGGGGCAGUUUUGUUCUCAGUUGUGGGUGGAAAGAUGAGCGAGGGCAUCAAUUUCUCGGACAGAUUGGGACGAGGAGUGGUCAUGGUUGGUAUGCCGUUCCCGAAUAAGGGUUCUGUAGAACUUCAAGAGCGCAUGCGGUACAUGGAUCAGGUUCAACAGCAGGAAUUAGGCCAACAGCAACAAGCGAGUAAGGCGGCGCCCCUACGAAUGACCGCUGGCAGCGAGUAUUAUGAAAAUCUAUGUAUGCGGGCAGUGAACCAGUCGAUUGGACGAGCGAUUCGACACCAAGGUGAUUAUGCAGUCAUCGUAUUGAUGGACAAGCGGUAUGGCAUGCCCCGGAUCCGUAAGAAAUUACCAGGCUGGAUAGGAUCAUCGAUCGAGACCUGUGAGCAAUUUGGUCCUGUCAUGAGCAAACUGUCAGGUUUUUUCCGAACUAAGCGGGAGUUCGCUGUGAAGAAGAAAGGAGGAAAGUAGGGGUCGCUUUUUUUUCAUUGCAUUUGCUUAACGGCCCAUUUUUGUAUUAUAGGAAUAAUAAAUG